ACCAGCUAUAUUCCACAGUCUGCCCAGGGGAGGCUUCAACAGAUUAUGCAGCUUUUGGCAGUGAUUGUGCAACUACUGAUUUUCCAGCGAUGGGCUCUGCUAUUGGGAAGAGCGAAGCCAUUGGAUGCUGUAAGCCCGCUCUGCGCACAUGUCAACGAAUGCAAUAACAACUUGACUGCCAUCAUGGAACAGAUCCAAUCACAGAUAAAACAAAUGCACAUGGAAGCUGAGACACUCUUUCACACUUAUAAACAUCAAAACUUAAAAAGCCUGGAUGUCAACAGUCUGUGUAAUCCGGACUCCCUUGAUCUUCCUAAAUUCAAUGUAACGGAUACAAGUGAAGAAGAAAAAUUUGUUGAACUGUAUAAGAUCUUUCAGUAUAUGAAGGCUGCUAUAGGAAACAUCAUGCAGCAUCAGAGGACAUUGAAUCCCAAUAGCAAGAGCUUGCAAUUGCUAAACACAAGCAAGGCCGAGAUAACAGCUAUUAUUUCCAACCUGUCUUGUAUUCUUUGUCGGAGGUAUCAUAUAACAGAAGUGAUUGUACAUUAUGGAAUGAGCUUUCCAUCCACAACAUUUCAAAGGAAAACAAUGGGAUGUAAGGUGCUUAAGAAAUACAAACAUUUUCUUUCACAAGCAGAAAACAUCACAGGUGGCUGGUUUAAAACAGCAGGCAAUGUUCAAGAUCCGUUUACAAACUACAGGUGAAGUGGCCACAAAGCUGUCCCUGCAAAAAAGAGUAAAUACCUCUCCAAAAAGACAAGCAGAGGACAAAAGCUGCCCCUUGAGAUCUGGUUGGGC